AUGCCGAACAUUCAAAAACUUGCUUUACCAAUGUGGACAUCACUAAAUAUAAAUUCAAUUCAGUCAGCCUUUAGUAAAUGGAAAAAUCUUCAAACGUUGAUUAUACACCCUUUUAUGUCAAUGACGGUACGUGAAUUCUCCAGCGUUGAGCUUCAAGCCAUCGGAGAAAACUGUAGAAAUCUUACAACCGUGAAAUUUACUACUAUGUUGGACAAACCUCUCGCCAAUAUAAUUGUACGCAAUUUUCCGAGCCUCGAGCGAUUGAGCUUUCGAUACAGUGAUGCAUGUAUAGAUGCAUCAAAAUCGCUCAUCAUUGGUCUUCCAAACCUAAAGAUGUUUAAUCUUUCACAUUGUAUUUUUAUGCAAAAUAUCGGAAUUGGUAAUUCGUAUAGAAUAUUAGGAAUGAGACCUAAGGACGAACUUGUAAAAGCCGGCACUGAGAAGCUUGACAG